UUCUCGGUGUUUGUGUGAGGUGGAGGCGGUGCUGAAAUAUCAGACUGUGAGCCCAUUGGCAGACUAAUAUUAGGCCAUGAGCUCACCUGCUCUCUGAUACUUAACCUGUUGUACUUCCCACAAUGUAGUAAAGUUGAUGUUCCAGCAGCCGGGGAAGUCAGCAAUGGAAGAAACAUUAAGGUAUCAUCAUAUGGAAAGAACAAACAGUCUUAAGAUGGAGACCAAACAAAGAGGAAAGUUCUCCUCUUUAGACAAACAAGAAGCCAAAAAGGUGCUUGAGAGGUAUGUGAAACGAAGCUUAAGCAACUCUUCUGAAAAGACUGGAUACAAAGGAACUGUGAAAAGGCAGAAAGAAGUUCAGAGAUCAGCUAGUGAUAUUUCCAGACCUAGCCCACUGAGUGUCAUAAUGAAGGAAAGCAAACUUGCACAACAAACGACUGAAACUAAAGAAGCACAGACAGAAGAAAAUGUAAAAAUAAUGAGCACGACUGAUGAAGCAGCAAAACCAAACCUGGUCAAAAGCACAGACACUGCAAAUGCUUGGUUUAAGAACUUUUUUGGUUUAUUAUUUAAAAAGAAAGAUGACAAAAAAGAGGAGAGGACUACUAGCUGUGUGCCAGAAGAUAACACAACCAUUUCCUCUGAGGCCGUCUGUCCUCAGCCACCCAAAAAAACUAUUGGAAGGAAAAAUAGCAUCAGAAAAGCAUUUUCUUUUAAAAAGAAAGCUGCUGAAGAAGUUCAUGUAAGCCAUGCAGAAGCAGAUUUCGAGUGCAACAGUAAACCAAAAAGACCCACAGUCCUUCAAUUGCAGAACAUUUGCAGGCCGUCUUCAUUCCGAGGAAGUAAAAAAAAUAAAGAUCACUUUUAUGAUAAAGUGACGGAUGAGAUUGAACAAAUUGUUAAAGAAAGCGACAACCUGGCUGCACAUUCAAGGAAGGAGAGUUUUGGGGGUGAACUAACCAGCGAGCAAGCAGAGGAUCCUGAAGUCCUAAUUAAAAAAAUAGUCUCCAUCUUAAGGAAAGAAGGAGAUGAACUGAAUAAGAAGGUUAAAGACGACCCCACACUGUCUUCCUUCUUCAGAGAAAUUUCCUACAACUCAUUCAAGCACCUCGCAGAUGUUUAUGUUGACAAGGAAGUAAAAAACAAAGUCUCAGAUGUGAUGCCUGAAGACAUUAAAUUUGCAUACUCUAUUGACUUCACCGCUAAGGUGGCUUGUAUUUCCAGUCAUCCAGUAAAUCGAAUCAUGGGCUUUGGCCACCAGUAUCUUCAAGAUACGUUUCCGUGUCCUUCAUACAACAGAAAAGCAUGGAGUAACAAUGUUGAUCAAGAUGAUGUCAUCAGCCCAGACUGAAAAGACAGACAUCAGAUUUAACCUAUCAAAAGAGCCCAUUGGCUAUAUGGAGUAAUAACACUACCCUUGAAUCUGUAGCACAAGAUUAAAUUCUGUUUACACCAAUGUGACUCCAGUCUGCACAAAACACGUGGAAAAUGUGCAAUAUUUCUACUCUUGUAAUGUUAAAUGUUUAAAUACUCUUGAGCCAGUGUGCAGCCUGGAGCCCAGGAGGCCUAAUCAGUGUCGGACUGGCCCACCGGGAUACCAGGAAAACUCCCAGUGGGCCCAGGUGUUAGUGGGCCCUCUU